AUGAUUUACAAAAGGAACAACAUGCCAAGCGGUGGAAGGAGGCUGCCAAGAACAAUGAGGAACUCAUUGCCCACAAUGUUGUCGAAUUACACGAACGAAGUGCAGGGCAACAGGUACUCGUCGGUGCCCAGCGGCCUCCCCACGUUGCCGCCCAUGGAGCAACCGCCAGCUCCUAAGCACAUACCCUUUCCCACCACCCCAGUCGACAGUGAUCUCUUUUUCGAAGCAAUGAUGUGCUUCUACACCAUUGUGUGCACGAUGCUGCAGUACUUGCAUUUGUACCGAUCGGUAUGGUGGCUGCCUCAUUCCUACACCAAUCAUGCUGUCAACUUUUAUUUGAUUGACGUCCACCUGGUGAUAUUUAUAAUUUUAAUACUGUCCAGAAGGUUAUUGUAUGUUCUGGGGUGCCAACUAAUAAUUAAUAACCUACCACUUAAGUCUCAAGAUGUUGCCUACUUUUGGUUUAGAUUAACCCUCUUUUUUAAAAUUUGUAUGCUGCUGUUCAUAUGUGCUUAUUUUGUUAUGAAGAAUCACCCCUUUGUUAAUAUACUUUACUUGUGCUAUCCAGUGUUGGUGUACUUCAUUUUGUUUGGCCAUCACAUCACCCCCAUUUUUGAACUAACCAAUUGGAGCUCAAGCUGUUUUCCACCCCUACAUGCUUGUAGCAGUAAUGCAGUACAUGUCAGGAAGGAAGUUGAGAACCUUAAGCUAAACUUCAACAACAGAAUGAAACAAAUCUUGUUCAGCUCCAUAAUUAACGCCUAUUAUGCUGGUUUCAUCCCCUGUUGCUUCGCUCAGACUGCCCUGCAUUAUGACAAACUGUGGGCCACGCAACACGUCAUAUUUAUAUUUGCCAGUUGUUUCGUUGCCUUCACCAUCCAGAUACUGUCGCUGAGGUACUGCGACAUCCUGCACCGUUCCGCCCUACACCUGGGCAACUGGGACAAGUUGGAGACUCGCCACAUGUUGUUGGUGAACAACAACUGGAAGGAGGAGACGUUGUGGCCCUGUGGCACCCUGGUGCGGCACAUGAGGGACAUUUACAGGGCGACGGGGGAGUGUAACGCCAGUGAACCUGGAAACUCCAGCUUCACAAGGUUUUAUACCAUAUUCAUUAACCCAUCUUACUCCUUAAGCAUACUGCUGGCGUUCCAGACGGUUAUUGUUAUUUUGCAGCUGUUGCUGCUGAUUCGUUGUUCACUUUGGUAUAAUAUAGUUUCGUUGUCUUUUAUGUUGUUUUUUAAUUACUACGUUUUGUAUAAACUUGCCCGAGACUACUUGAUUAGUUUUAGGAUUUACAAAGAGGAAAAGAUCAUGCAUGCCAAAUCGGUGAUUCGUUAAACAAGUAUGGAUGUGUAAAUGUGUAAUAAAUAAACGUCUUUAUUGUA